AUGAACGGUGUAUCUACCGAUCUCAAGCAGAUUCUCACCCCUGCCCUCUUAGAGAAUGUCCGCAACUUUUGGUUCAACCACUUCAGCAGCCAAGAUGCAUUGAUUCUUCCUAGUCAACCCGAAAUGAUGCGGUGGUUCAUGCGCGAUCCCGAGUUCGACCAACAAUGCGUCGCUCAAUUCCAACCGGCAUUAGAGAGAAUCAUCUCAUCCGGUGCAUCGGCCACAGAUAUCCUGAACGCAGUUGAUCAAUCAUCCCCAUUGAAAUGGCUUAGCAUCAUCUUACUUCUGGAUCAGGUCCCUCGAAACUGCUUCCGCGGCGAGGAUUCCAAGCUGGUUUUCGGCCAAUUUGAUCCUCUCGCCGAGGAGAUUGCUGUUCGCGCGAUAGACGCCGGCAUUCCUACUCAGGAUUCACAUCUAAGGUACCGACUUUCCUAUCGGGUCUGGUUCCACAUGCCUCUGAUGCACUCUGAGAAUCUUGCUGUCCACGAGAAGGCGGUUCAAGUGCACGACGAGACCGCGAAAGAUAUGAAUGAGUUCAUUGAGUGCGAUGUGUCUACUUUGAACGAGGAUGAGAAGAUUUGUCAUGAUAUUUUGUCGAGUCAGAAGGAGGCCCUUGAUGAGUUCUUGAAGAGCAACGCCGACUUUGAAAAGAAACACAAGGAUAUCAUUGAGCAGUUUGGAAGGUAUCCCCAUCGAAACGCACCUCUUGGUAGGAUCUCGACUGCCGAGGAGGUUGAAUACUUGGAGAAUGGUGGCGAGACAUUUACAUAA